AUGAUGAAAAACAAAAUAAGGCUUACAGCUCUAGACAUAAUGGCGCUAGUGACAGAACUAAAGCAAAAGCUAAUAGGCACAAGGUAUGUACUUAAUUAAUAAAAGACUUUCAAAUAUUUACAAUAUUGAUGCUAAAACGUAUGUUUUCAAAUUUUCUCUUCAGGAAUCGAAAUCUUAUCUUGUUAUAGAGAAUGGGUUGAGAUUUAAUCUUUCUGAUACUAUAGAGAAAAAUAAAGUACCUUCAGGUUUCACAAUGAAAUUUAGAAAGUUUCUAAGGAGUAGAAGAUUAGAAAGCAUUGAAUAAAUAGGUGUUGAAAGAGUUGUUGUUUUUACUUUUGGUAGAGAAGAUCAUACUUACUACCUAAUACUGGAAUUAUACUCUUAAGGAAAUAUCAUACUAGCAGACAAAGAUUAUAGAAUAAUUUAAUUAACUAGACAACAUGAGUUUUCAGAAAAUGUGAAGUAUUAAUGCUAUACAUUAUAAGAGUUGCUCCUAAUGAGAUUUAUCCUUUUGAAUACACAGCAACAAAUUAUCUUGAGAAGUUUGAUACUUCAAUGGAAAGAAUUUAAAAGGUGAUAAGCGACAAACAAGGGUAAAAAUUAAAGGAAGUAGUAUUUAAACUUGUUCCUUGUUUACAUUAAGCAUUAACAGAUGAUAUAAUAUAAUAGUUGUAGAUGAAUUAGAAUGAAAAGAUUGUGAACCAAUUUGAUAGUGUAAAGAAAGUAGUGGAUUAUGCUAUGGAUUAUAUAAAUAAAUAUCGUGCUUAAACUCAGUAUAAAGGAUAUUUAUGUGCAAAGGAAGCACCUAAGGAUGCUGAAUAGAAACCAAAAUUCUUUGAUUUUGCUGCUGAUUAACCUGCUUAUUAUUAGGGAAAAUAUGUUGUAGAAACACCUACUUUCAAUGAGGCUGUACAUCAGUACUUUUUAGUUGUUGACAGACAGGAAGAAAAUAAGCAGACUAUUGAGGAUAUAGCUUGGAAGAAAUUUGAAAAUAUUAAAUAGGAUUAAAUGAGUAGAAUUUAGAAAUUACAGGCAGAACAGGAUGAAUAUAUAAUGAAGGCAGGACUUAUUCAAGAAAAUAUCAAUGAUGUCUAAGCAAUUAUAGAUAUUAUUCAGAAAAUGAUUGAAAAUGGUAUUCCUUGGGAUAAGAUACAAAGAAUGAUUAAUGAUAGCAAAAAAGAAGGAAACCCACUUUCAAAUAUGAUAGGUGGAAUGAAUUUGGUAUUUAUAUUCAUUUAUUUGAUUAGAAAUAAAACAAAGUGACAAUAUUGUUAGGUAAUAAGGAUGAUGAAUAUUCAGAUUUGAUUUAAAUAGAAAUUGAUAUAACUUAAUCUGCUUAUCAAAAUGCCAGAAAGUAUUUUGAAAGCAAGAAGAAAAAUAGAGAUAAGGAAAUAAAAACAAAGGAGGCUGUAGAGUAAGCUUUGAAAUAGGCUGAGAAAACUGCCUUGAAGGAAAUCGAGAGAGAGAAAAAUAAAAUAUAAAAAGUGUAAAAUUAAAGAAAAAAGUAUUGGUUUGAAAAAUUCUUUUGGUUUAUUUCAUCAGAUGGGUAUUUGGUAAUAAGUGGUAAGGAUGUACAAUAGAAUGAAAUGAUUGUUAAAAGAUAUAUGAAUAAAGAUGAUAUAUACAUGCAUGCUGAUAUCUAUGGAUCAGCUUCAACAAUAGUAAAGAAUCCUAGUGAAGGUCCUAUUCCAGAGGCAACAAUAAUGUAAGCUGCUACGGCAACUAUCUGCAGAUCGAAAUCUUGGGAUGCUAAAAUAGUUGUAUCUGCUUGGUGGGUUCAUGCAUCUUAGGUUAGUAAAAGUGCACCUACAGGUAUGAAUAUACCAGCUGGUUCAUUUAUGAUUUAUGGAAAAAAGAAUUUUAUUUAUCCUCCGAGAUUAGAAAUGGGUUGUACAAUUUUAUAUCAGUUGGAUUAGGAUAGUAUUAAGAGGCAUGAAGAGGAAAGAAAGAAGAAAUUAAGAGAGGAACAAUCUUAGGUUGAUGAAUCUGAACAAAAUGAAAGUGAAAUCACUGAAAAAAAUAUACUUGAUUCUGACAAUGAUGAUAAUGAUGAUAAUAAUGAUAAUAAUGAAGAUGAUAAUAAAGUAGAUUUGAUUGAUCUAGAAAAAACUAAUUCUGUUUAAACUAUUUAACAAGGAGAUAAGGAAUAUACUAUUGUUGAAGUAAAUCCUAAUGCAAGAAUGAUUUAAUAAAGAAAUGAUAAAAAAUAGAAAGAAAAAGAACAAUAGCAAAAAUAAUAAACUUAGUAAUAGUAGUAACCUAAAUAAUAACCAAAAUAAUAAUAAUAAACAAAAUAAUAAUAAGCUCCUAAAUAAUAAUAGCAAAAAUAAAAUGUUAAAGAGGCUGAAGACCAGAGUUCUGAGGAUGAUAAAAAAAAUUAGAAAAAUCCAAAAACUUAGUAAGUCAGAGGCAAAAAAAAUAAAAUGAAAAAAGUGAAAGAAAAAUAUGCUGACUAGUCUGAUGAAGAGAGAGAAUUAAGAUAAAAGUUAAUGGGAGCAACUUAUAUGAAAAAUGAAGCAAGACCAGAAAAAAAGAAAAAAGAUAAAGAUAAAAAUGAGCCAAAAAAAUAAGAAUAGGAGUAAACAUAAUAGUAGGAAGGAUAAUAAAAGGAUAAAGAAUACUACAAAAAAUAAUAAUCAAAAUAAGAGUCUAUUACAGUUAAAUUGCUGAAGUAAUAAGGUAUAGAAGUUACAAAAGAUGAAACAAAUCCUGAUCAAUAAUCAUAAGAGCCUUUUCAAUAAAACAAUGAACAAUAACAACAAUAAUAAUAAUAAUAAUAAGAACAAUAAUAAUAAUAAUAAUAAUAAUAAUAAUAAUAAUAAUAAUAAUAAUAAGAACAAUAAUAAUAAUAAUAAUUACAACAACAAGAGGUUUUAUAAUAAAAAGACCCAGAAAAUGCAGAUAAUAAAUAAGAAGAGGUAGAUAGUGAUGAUGAAAAAUAAGAAAAAUAACCUGAACAAGAGGAUGAGAACAUCGAAUAUUCUGAAAUGUAAAAACUUGUCUCCUAUCUCUAUGCUGAUGGUAUUAGCUUUAUGCUUAUUUAUUAGAUAAAUAUUUAAGUCUUAUUCCUAUGGUAGCCCCAUAUUCAGUGAUAGGAAACAAUAAAUACAAGAUUAAAAUUGCACCUGGUUCUUUAAAAAAAGGAAAAGGUAAUUUUUCAUAUCAAAUUUUUCAGCUGGAAAAGAAAUCUUAAAUUUCUUCUAGGUCAAUAAGGAUAUAACCAAUCAAGAGAAAUAACUAUUGAAAAUGAUAACAGAUGAAGAAAUUGUUCAAACAAUGUUGCCAGGAGUUAAAUUAACAGGAGUUGGAAUGCUUUAAAUGAAAUAAAAAGAGAAGCAAUUAAAGAAAUAAUAACCGAAAAAAAAUAAAUGAG